AGUAGUGUGUUUGCAAACAUGGCUGCGAAGUUUAAUUCGAGUAUGCCGUCAACUACAAAAUUAAUAGAAAUGUAUGAAGCUGAUGAGGCACUUUACAACGUGAGGCACCCCGAGUACAAAAACGGAUUAAUAAGAUUGGAGAGCUACAAAAAAAUUGCGGAGGUCAUUAGCCGUGAGAUACGGCCCAGGUGCACGGCUGACGACAAGAAGACAAUGACCCCCGCUCAAGUUACUCUCACAAGAAAGCACAAAAAUCUUGUCGCUGACUGGCGCCAUCUGUUUUCUGGUCUCCCAGAGUUUAGCAGCAGCGUAAAUGAUGACUGGACAAAAGAUGUCAGUCAUCUUCUCGAGACCAAUUACAAGAUCUUAGCAGACGCCAAUCACGAUGCUGUUACACCGCAAGACGCUACAUUAACAACUGGUGACUCGAAAUUAGACAGUUCGGAGGAAAGAAAGAGAACUAAAGACAACAAAGAAUUUAAGAAAAAACAUAAUGUGUUGCACCACUUUUUUCCUGUAUUGGAAACGAACCUCACAGUGAUAGGACCAACUGACUUAAGCUCACAAAAGCCAGAUCACACUCCUACGCUGUUACUGAAGAAUAGCUCAGACCAUAAUGGAGAGGAAAAAGUUAAAUCCGAAUACGGUAUUCUCACAAUACUGCUUCCGUUUAGGAUAGAAAAAUAUGCUGAAAAGAAUGGAAUACCCAAUCACGACAAUGGUGGUACUUCUGCAGCUCUCGACGAUGACCAAGGUAUGGAAGAGAGGGGUCUAGAGCUAAAGAAAGAAAAGUUCAAGUCAUUCAGGAGAAAGAGAAAUGUUUCGAACGAUGAAAGUGAAACAAUGGAGUCACGGCUAUUAUCUGCAGAUAAUGAGGAUGAAGAUGAAAAGUCCGUCUCUGACGAAUCUGAAAAGUGGAGUAGUCCAGAGAAGAAAGAAAAGAGGGACACUGGAAGCCUCUCAGUCGAAAUCACUACGCCUAAUCCUAAAGCUAACGUUUCUAAUAACCUCAAUUACACCAGUGGGAGGUCAGAAAACAACACCGAUGACUCGAAUAAGAUAGCGAUUUCUCGAAACCUGGACAUGCAAGCGACGACUUCAUUACCGCCUUGCACGACCACCAAAAAUGGCAGCAGAGAGUGCGGAAACAAACACGAGGAACCGAGAGAGGCAACAGAGUUGAGCGUGAAGUACUUAGGGGAAACUACUGACGGAACAGAUGGACCGAUGAGAGUCGAGGACGACUUUGCCUACAUUACAGAUACACCAGAAAUUCAUCUGAGCGGAGACAGAGACACUGUAUCUGGUGAGAUUGUAUCAGAUCCAGGAAAAAUUAUUACUCUACACUGGACUCUCAGAUUUGAGCCAGAAGACAGCUCUUCUGCGAGUGGGGAGCACCCUCACCCUCCAGCUGAUGACGGACGUGACGUGUUCGAACAAAAUGUAUACGUGGAUCAGGAUGGUAGCCCUGGACACGGACAUACGUCAAACUUUCCCGAGCACACGAGAGUUGAAGGAGACUCUUCAGAUUAUUUAGACCAGCUGCCCCUGCCAUCUGGGGCGGCCCAAGAGUUUCCAUACAAGCAAAGUGCAAGGCCAUCCUCAGUUGGGGAAUACCCAUCUACAGACCAAGUUAUAGUUCCUGUUGUGGAAUCGCUUUACCCGCCGCCGAUUUCAGAGGCGCUUCAGCACGAGUUGGAGUCACAGUCUGGAGUAGUUCUCCCAGAAGAUGAACUGACGGAUGGCCUAGUUGACAUGGAGUCGGAACAUGGAAUGCCCUUUGUUGAUACUUCUGAAAAAGAACCACUUCAUCCCGAUACCUCGUAUCUUCCAUCUCUGGAAGAGUCAGUUGAGAUGGAGCCCGGACUUCCAGCGUCGUUUGCGGUCACAUCAGUAGAAGAACCAUUUGAUGCUGAUACCAUGUAUAUCCCGUCAUCGCUGGGAGAGCCAGUUGAGAUGGAGCCCGGACUUCCAGUGUCGUUUCCGGACGCAUCAGUAGAAGAACCACUUGAUCCUGAUACCACGUAUAUUCCGUCAUUGCUGGAAGAGCCAGUUGAGAUGGAGCCUGGAAUUCCAGUGUCGUUUGCGGACGCAUCAGUAGAAGAACCACUUGACCCUGAUACGUUGUACAUCCCGUCAUCAGUAGACGAGCCAGUUGACAUGGUGCCCGGACUUUCAGUGUCGUUUACGGACGCGCCAGAAGAAGUACUGUUUGAUCCUGAUACAUUGUCACAUACUCAGUCGUUGCUGGAUGAGAUAAUUGGCACAGAACCCGUACUUCCAGUGUCAUUUAUAGACGCGUUAGAAGAAGAGCCAUUUGAUCCUGAUGCGUUUUACAUUCCGCCAUCGCUGGGUGAGCCAGUUGACAUAGGGCCCGUACUUCCGCUGCCAUUCAUAGGCGCGUUUGUAGAAGAACCAUUUGCUCCUGAUACAUUGCAUAUUCCGUCAUCGCUGGGUGAGCCAGUUGACUUAGGGCCCGUACUUCCACUGUCACUUAAAGACGCGGCAGGAGAAGAAAUAUUUGUUCCUGAUACAUUGUCACAUAUUCCAUCAUCGCUGGAUGAACCAGUCGACAUUGAGUCCGGAUUACCAGUGUCGCUUGUGGAUCUGCUCGCUGGCUUACCAUUCAGAAAUCCGUCAUCGCUGGAAAAACAAUCAACCAUUAUCAAUGACGACAAUGGGCAGGGCGCGGAACUACAGCAGAUCAUCGAUGAGUCAACAGGCGGACAGUUUGAUCCUGCUGCAAUGUCGCUUGAAUAUUUACCUGCCUAUGGUGAAACUGGUCUAGAAAGUUACGUCGAAAAAGACCAUCGUGAUCUUAUCGACAGCGCGCAAGGAGCUCCUUGCCGAUGUAACGAAGUCGUCGCUCGCAAUUUCAACGAUCGACCCUGAGACUGAGAAAGACAACCCUCACUGUCGUGAUAACAGUCAUCGAUGGGUGGGCAGGAAAUGGAGAUACCUAGGAAAACUUAUACAGGACAUUCUACAUAGGAGUUUCCUAGCAGGGUCCGUCUUACUCUUAUACACGUGAGGCAUCAUAAUUCUUCGCUGAAAUCUAAAAUACGACCUCUAUGAAUUUUCUGCUUUAAAAUGUUCUCAGAUCGUCGAAGUUUAUUGAUAAAUACGAAUUUAGUAAAUUUUUAUUGCUCCAACUAUAAAA